AUGGAAAGGCAAAUGUUUCGAGCAGUGAGGCUGACCCUGCUCAUGGGCACCGUCCUGUCGUGCAUGGCGCCAGAAUCAAGUGAGCAAACGACUGAGGCAGAUUUCACAACCACCAUCCCGACAGAAGGACUCGAGAGGGACGUGGAGCAAGUCUUUUACCUCGGACCUUCCGCCACGCUCCAGGUCAUCGACGAAACCGGGAAAGCCAAGUAUCUGCCGGAACCCAGCCAAAGUGAUGAUGAGGCAUCGUCGGGCCCGUACACUGCUGCAUAUCGAUUCGGGAACGGAGCGUGUGAUUUCAGCAAGACAGUGGAAUUCAAGGCUGCAUUUCCGGGCCACACAAAACCACUAUGGGUUCCUGAUGGGAUAGGCUCGGGCGCGAGUGAGGAGCCAUCCUCGGGAGUGCCUGUGCGGUACACGUUUACGAAUCCUCCGGCAGAGUAUUUGGGUGGGGGUGUGAGUUUUUGCGUGCGGUUCAAGACGGUGCUGGCUGCAGGGUUGGGCUCAGAAACCGGCACGUCGACGGCUUCGACUUCCAGCCCAUCUGUAUCGGAAAACUCUGAUGCGUCCCCCGGCCCAAAUAUGCCGAGUGAGCCGCAGGACCAGGAGAGUGGAAAUCUCCCGGACAAACAUCCUGAGGUCGACUUGGAGUUGGGCCCCCCGGUGCACGGCGGGGCCCACGAAUCUAUACUUCAACCAGAUCUGACCAAUGAACAUAAGGAUGGAGUCACUGAUCCACCACCUGUGACCUUUCAUAGCUCCCGCAGUACCACAGACACUACGACCUCACAGCCUGCAACAUCUGCCCAUCAUAGAAAGCAGACCCUGCAAGCAUCCUCUGUUCUCUCUGAAUCUAGGGAGAACUCUACAGAGAAAACGCUGCCCGCAACCGAAGACGGCCAUGAAGUCCAGAGUGGUGACGGAGACCACAACGGCGCUCCACCGAGGCGGCUCGAUGAGGCGUCUGCAGUGAAAGAGGCGUACUUGACUGUUGUGGUGCACUCCGCCGCGUGGAGCCUUGCGGGUGGAAUGGGUGCUGUUUCAAGUCUUUCCAUUGUGGCAAGCGCGCUUUUGCAGAUUUCGUAG